UCUAUCCACAGCCUUUUGCUCCAUGGUGCAGUCAGUUGUGUGCAAGCUAUCCAGUGUCAGGCGCUGUUUCAGAUGUUUUGGAAGAGGUGGUUUGGUGCCGCUGACGAAAAGGAUGCUAAAACCAAUUUGGUUCUCCUCGGACCACCUGGCUGCGGCAAAGGAACACAAGCUCCUAGGCUUGUAAAAAAAUAUGAAAUCUGUCAUCUCGCAACUGGCGAUAUGUUGCGUGGAAUUAUUAGCUCUGGCUCCGAACUGGGGAAUAAAGUCAAAAAAAUAAUAGAUGCUGGUCAGCUCGUGUCUGACGAUAUAGUUUGUGAACUAAUUGAUAUGAAUCUUGACAAUCCGGAGUGUAAAAAAGGUUUCAAGCGCAAGGAAUCCUUAAAAGGUGUCAUCGAACUGAGAGUCCCUGACGAAGUCCUCGAACAACGUAUUUGUGGACGUUUGUUUCAUUUGGCUAGUGGUCGUUCAUACCACGAACUCUUCCAUCCUCCAAAGGUUCCGAUGACUGAUGAUGUUACUGGUGAAAGGCUCGUACGUCGUUCAGAUGAUACAAAGGAAGCUUUGGCGAAGAGGCUGACAGCCUACCAUAAAAUGACUUCUCCUCUUGUUAGUUUCUACCAGAAUCUUAAGCUACAUAUACCAAUUGAUGGAACGAAGAAAAUGGAUGAAAUUUUUGAAGAUAUCACUAAAUCGUUAGAAGCUAGACGAAGUUAA